GUACGAGCUACCAUAUGUAUGGUAUGGGAUUUUUGUGUGUGGUGUACCUACUUUCGUUUUGUUUUCUGAUUGGAAACGACAGACAUGGCAGAUAAAGAUGGGCCUACAGGUAAAAAUGGUACUCCAACGUUGUCGAACACGAAGGACUACAUAAGUAAAGUUAUUCGAGAGUUUGAGAAAGACCCACUAUAUCCCGAGGCAUCAAAUGAAUAUGAGGACCUUCUGAUGGGCAAGGGGUACAGAUUUUCUCAACCAGUAACUCCAUUUAAAGAAGAGAGCGUGACUGCAGAACAGAGAGAAUAUAAGCCAAAUCUGGCCAAAAUUCUUCUGCUUGCAAAUAAACAGAAGAUUGUAAAUGCAGGGCUGGCAUGGAUGUCUUAUGUUGAUUUGAUUGGCAAACACAAACUAGCAGUAAGUCAACAGGAGCCAUACAAAGAUCCAUCCUCGGGAGGUGAGGGAGGACAAACGGGAAAUGAUUCAGUCAGGGGAUCUGAUGCUAUUGACCAAUCACAGACGACCGUAACAUCACAUCCUCAGCAGGGUGACAAGGAACAGGGGCCAGUCGAGCCAGGUCCCCAGGUGACAGUCAUCAAUGUACCCCCACAACAGACUGGACCAAUGGAGGGGGCAGAUAAACCGGACGGGAAGACACAGGAGGAGGUUCUCAAUUUGUUUGAUCUGUUGGAGAAAGAGACUAACAAAGAAACUGAUGAAUAUGAAGAGGCUCAUCAAGAUCUGGUCCACAUGUUUACCUGUCAGGCGGUGCUCAGAAGUUCAUUUCCACAAGCUAACAUCCUACCUCUUGUGACUGUAAACAUCAGUAAACCAGAGGAAGUACCAGAGUUAGUGAGAGAGAGGGCGCUGUAUCGGUACCUCGCGAACCUGAAGCCGGAGCUGUACAACAAAAGUUACACUGAUAUGUGGAGGGAGUAUGGCACAUUACUGAUGGCUGAAAACCUGCUGGACCUCGCCAAGAAAGCUAAUGGUCCAGACAGAAACAUUUAUGUCGUGAUUGAAAAGAAAAUGUUUUACACCAUGCAGACAGAACUUCAGAAGAAGACACAGGAAGUAGAAGAACUUUCUACCAGGUUGAGCAGAUUUGCCAGCCAACAGUUGACGGAGGGAAACCCUAACAUAGCUGAUCUUAGUGAUGUCCACCGCCCAACUAGACUAGGGGAAAUGUACAGUCAACUGUUUGAUGACGAGUGGUCCGAGGCGUUUGAAGCCCUGAAACCGUCCACAAAGGAAGACGAGGAUGAUAUCUACCCCAAUACACUGGCACUGCUUCAGAAGAUUGUACAGGAAGUUUUCACAUUCUGCCAGAAGAAGUCAACAGAACAGCUACAAAGACUGGAAAAUCACAUGAAAGAAGCCCUAAAACCAACACAAUCCUCUACAUCAAACUCCGAGGAGGAGAAGAUGGAGGUGGAUCAGAGCCCUGCAGGGGGUGGAGAAGGAAAGACAGAAGCUGGAGGAGAGAAGAUGGAGGGUGGAAAUUCUCUACUAGAUCAGGUGGUGGAGAGACAUGGCAAGGAAGUCAGAAAGGCAGCAUCUACUGAGACGGCCCGACAUCAGACUAAGUUGUUCAUUGAACAAAAGCUAAGGGAGCUUUUACCUGAUGAGAAACAUCACCAGGACGAGAGAGUUCGAAGCUACAUCAAUAAAUCCGUGGAACUGUGCUGGUUCAUGUGUAUGCAGGACCCUCCUAUGGAGCUAGUCUUCCCGCAGAAAGGUGACACGAUAGACAAAGCCUUGUUUUCUCACCACGGCAGGAAAGGAAAAGUUGCGGACACAUGUGUGUGGGCGGCCAUGCUUCUUCACAAAGAUGGACCACUGGUGUGUAAGGGUUACGUGCUCCCCGAGGAAAAGAAGAAGUGAACGAACAAAAUGAAACAGUAUUAUCAUAUAUGUGUUUUAGUUUAUACAUUAGGGCUAGAUCUCUGUUUCUUGACAGACAACUGAUUGAUUAUCAUCUGUAUUUACACUUAUACAUUUGCAGCCAUAUUAUUUAUGAAUUUUUUGUAUGUUAGCCAGAUAGUAGUGUUAUUUUCAUGCCCCCGUAAUCAGAGAUUCGGGGCAUAAUUUUCUCUUUACACAUGUAAGCUUCUUUGAAAUGCUGUUUUUUUAAUGAUUAAAUCAGUUCCUUUGAAUAAACAUAGUUGAACUUCAACACACUACAUACAUGUAUGUUAAGAGUGAAGCAUUUAUUUGUACCAUAUUUAAAAUGGAUCUAACUAAUCUUUUACAUACAAAUGUACCUUGUCAAUUCAGUGGAUUUUAUUACCAAGGAUAUUCCAAAAUGUAAAAAAAAAAAUUGAAGACAUUUCCUUGGAAAAUGGAAUAGAAAUUUUGAAGAAGAAAAAAUGUUUGAACAAAUUGGAAAUUGUAUUAAUAGCUGAAUUUAAAUAAAGUUUUCUCUCAUGUUUAA